UUCCCGCCCACGUGGGGGCGCUGCACGAGCUGUCUCACGCUCCACGUACCCGGUUGCUACGUCACCACAUUUCACCGAAUACGAUGCAACAGCGUGGAAAAGCGUAAAGGUGUUCUCCUGGCGGCCCACAGAAACAAGGCAAAAUGAGGGAAGCUGCUCUCCUGCUCACACACUGCCUGCUUGUGUGUCUCCUCCUGAGCUCCAGCCAGGCGGCCAGACAAGGACAGGACCUCAGAUGUGGAGCCUGCAGGGCUCUGGUAGACGAGAUGGAGUGGGCCAUUUCCCAGAUAGACCCGAAGAAAAUGAUCCAGACGGGAUCUUUCAGGAUCAAUCCAGAUGGGAGUCAGUCCAUCAGAGAGGUUCCUCUGGCACGCUCAGAAGGAAACCUCCUGGAGCUCAUGGAGAGCAUAUGCGAGAGGAUGGGGGACUACGGCGAGCGCACGGAUCCCUCCACAAACAGGAAAUCGUACGUCAGGAUCAAGUCUCGGAGCGGCGAGGCCAUGGACCUGUCGGAGGCCUCGCUGGAUUCAAGGGUUACAGCCAGCAUGAAGUUUGCGUGUGAAACAAUAGUGGAACAGCACGAGGAUGAAAUCAUCGAAUUCUUCGCUCAUGAAACGGACAACGUUAAAGACAAACUGUGCAGCAAAAGGACAGACCUCUGUGACCACGCUCUAAAAAUGACCCAUGAUGAGCUUUGAUAUCCUCUCACCAUAGCGACUGUCUCUCCUCAGCUCAAAUGGAGACUUCUGGGUGCUGUAGUGUUUUCUAUUGCCACUUAUCACCUGUUUGUGUCAGGGCAGUGGGACAAUCUGUAUAAAAAUCCUUAUGAUAAGAAAUAAAAACAAAAAGCAUUACUCCUGUGA